CCUCUCUUCUCUCAGCUGCUUUCACCCCCACCCCACUUUUCUCUCGAUGACGCUCAUUCAUUCAUGAUGCAUCAUCGUCAUUAUCCACGGGUGGAGCUCAUCCAUGGUUCAGCUCGGAUUUCCUGUUGCGCGUUCCUGGAUCGAGGACAAGCCGGAUUUAUCUUUUCACAUAUCCACUUUUUCGGUCCCCCUGAUGAUUAGUUAUUUGUUGACACUAACUACUUCCUAAUGGACCUUUUUUUUUUCCCUUGAAUGUCUUGUUUUAGCGCCUGUUCAGGUUGGACUUGAUUUUUUCUUUUCAUUUUCCCUCUAGUUUUUUUCUUUACCCUUUUCACAGCGCUCUCUAGGGUUACCAGGCUUCGCACUCUUUCCCUCCUAAUCUCCUUCUCUCUUUUUCUCCUUUCAUUCUUUCCUACUAUUGCUCUUUCCUUCCUUGUAGGAAAGUUACCCCGCCAGAUUCACUUGCGCGGAUAAUUAACCGUGCUCUCCCGCGGUGUUGCUGCUACCACCACCACAAGACCAUUGCGUUCGACCAAGAGACAUGGCCAUCCUUGACAAAGAAAAUCGGCCCCGCGGCCUGCGAGUUCCGUCUUUUGCUCGCAAAGGCUUCAAGCAGAAGUCCUCUGAUUCUCUGCCAGACAGGGAGCCAGAGUCCGUGCAGGCACCCGCGACGACGGUAAUCCCACCUCGAACCGACUCUGUACCUGAUUAUUCGGCUCCUGCUCCGCUGCCUGCCGCCGUGCAGCCACCAUCAUCAACAUUCAACGCCCCUGUUCAUCAUCAAGAUACCCUCCCACAGCCUGCUCCACCAGCAGCUAACUACGCUCCCCCUCCUCGCGCUUAUCAGGCCUAUCGUCCUCCUGCUACUUCAGAGCCGGUGCAAAGCGCUCCGGCAAGGAAGGAGGUUCCCGAACCUACCAUCCAACGCCCGGAUGCCGAAGAGCCAUUGGAAGACUUUAUUCCAGAACCGGAGCCGGAAUUGGACGACACUGGCGCGCCUAUGGAACCCGUGUCCAGUGAAGAAAACAAUGGCCCAUGGACGCCUCCUGAUAUCGAGCCUGUCGCGGCGCCGCUGAACAAAUUGCACUUUGCCUGCUACCAGGACCAUCGGUCCAUGCCCCCCGCCAACAAUGUCUGGCAUGCUGUUCCCUGCAUGACCUGCCAGAAGUUCGAUCGUGAUGUUCGAUACCGUUGUGUCUUUUGCUGCUUGCGCAUCUGCACCGGCUGUUUCCAGACCUUGCAGACGAUCCCACGUCGGUCAUUGGCGCAGUUAAUGGAUUCCAUUCCUACGGCCAAGGCCUGAGAUCAAUCCAUUUUGCUUCUUGAUCUUUCUUCUCUG